AUGAUUCAUCGCGCUGUGUUGGGAUCUGUCGAGAGAAUGGCAGCUAUUCUGACUGAGAACUAUGGUGGGAAAAUGGCCAUUUGGCUGUCUCCCCGACAGGCUAAAGUCAUAACUGUGCAUGAAUCGGUGAAUCCGUACGCAAGACAGGUGAAAGAGAAGCUGUACAAUGCAGGUUUUGAGGUUGAAUUCGAUGAAGGUUGCCCAGAUACUUUGAAUAAGCAGAUUCGAAAUGCACAAUUAGCUCAAUUCAAUUUUAUUCUCGUAGUUGGACAGAAAAGAAGUUGA